CUUUCUCCUCCAUCCUCCCUCUCCCCCCACUCCACACCCACCUUCCUCCGUACCUUCCCCCACCCCCAGCCACCACCGGUCGUCGCCUCUCCUCUCCUCUCCGCCGCCGCCCGGAUCAGGAACGAUCGCACCGUGCGGCCGCCUCCCGCCCCGCGCGCGGACCAUCCUACCAUGCUGAGGCGCUGCGCCCCGUACCGACCCCGCAGGGCCGCCGCCGCACCGCGCCUCCCGAUCCCCGGCGGCCUCCCCUACCUCGCCGUCCUCUCCUUCCUCUUCAUCCCGACCUAAGCGCCACGCGUUCCGACAGGCCGGCCCUCGCCUGGCGUCCCUCUCGGCGCCGAGCUGCCUGCCUGCCUGGUGGAAUCGUCAGCCGCUCGAGUCGGCGGGGCCGAUCGAUCCCGCGAUGAGCGAGGAGGAGGCGCAGAGGUACGGCGGCGGGACCGGCGGCGGCGGCGUCGGGGCGCUGUCCGUGGAUCUGCUGGGCCAGGUGCUCGACCGCGUGCUGGAGCGGCGGGACCGCAAGGCCUGCCGCCUCGUCAGCCGCGCCUUCGCGCGCGCAGAGGCCGCGCACCGCCGGGCUCUGCGGGUGCUCCGCCGGGAGCCGCUCCCUCGCCUGCUCCGCGCCUUCCCCGCGCUCGAGCGGCUCGAUCUCUCGGCCUGCGCCUCGCUCGACGACGCGUCUCUUGCAGCCGCUUUGGCCGGCGCGGACCUCGGCACCGUCCGACAGGUCUGCCUGGCGCGGGCCAGCGGAGUGGGGUGGCGCGGGCUGGAAGCCCUGGUGGCCGCCUGCCCCAGGCUCGAGGCAGUCGAUCUGUCGCACUGCGUCGGUGCUGGGGAUAGGGAGGCUGCCGCGCUGGCCGCGGCCUCCGGGCUGAGGGAGCUGAAUCUGGAAAAGUGCCUGGGCGUCACUGACAUGGGACUCGCCAAGGUAGCCGUGGGGUGCCCCAGACUGGAGAAUCUGAGCUUCAAGUGGUGCCGUGAAAUCUCUGACAUCGGCGUCGAUCUGCUUGUGAAGAAGUGCCGCGAGCUCCGCAGCCUUGACAUCUCCUACCUAAAGGUGAGCAAUGAGUCCCUUAGAUCAAUAUCAACACUUGAGAAGCUUGAGGAGUUGGCCAUGGUUGCUUGCUCAUGUAUAGACGAUGAAGGCCUGGAAUUGCUUAGCAGAGGAAGUAAUUCAUUGCAGAGUGUUGAUGUGUCAAGAUGUGAUCAUGUGACUUCCCAGGGGUUAGCUUCACUGAUAGAUGGUCACAGUUUUCUCCAGAAGCUAUAUGCCGCAGAUAGUUUGCAUGAGAUUGGACAGGAUUUUCUAUCCAAGUUAGUAACACUGAAGGCAACCUUGGCCGUGUUGAGACUUGACGGCUUUGAAGUGUCAUCCUCUCUUCUUUCAGCGAUUGGUGAAGGUUGUACCAACUUGGUUGAGAUUGGACUAAGCAAAUGCAACGGUGUUACAGAUGAAGGCAUCUCUUCGCUUGUAGCUUGCUGUAGCUACCUAAGGACAAUUGAUCUCACAUGCUGCAAUCUAGUCACAAACAAUUCCCUUGAUUCAAUAGCUGACAACUGUAAGCUGCUUGAAUGCCUCCGGUUGGAGUCCUGCUCUUCAAUAAACGAGAAAGGACUAGAGAGAAUUGCGAGCUGUUGCCCCAAUCUAAAGGAGAUAGAUCUCACUGAUUGUGGAGUGAAUGACGAAGCGUUGCAUCAUUUGGCGAAGUGCUCUGAACUGCUGAUAUUGAAAUUAGGCCUGAGCUCAAGUAUUUCGGACAAAGGCCUUGGUUUUAUUAGUUCAAAGUGUGGAAAGCUCAUUGAACUUGACCUCUAUCGCUGCAGUUCUAUCACCGAUGAUGGGCUGGCAGCCUUAGCCAACGGCUGCAAGAAAAUUAAGCUGCUGAACCUUUGUUACUGCAACAAGAUAACUGAUAGUGGUUUGAGCCACCUGGGCGCUCUGGAGGAGCUCACAAACCUUGAACUGAGAUGCCUGGUCCGCAUUACAGGCAUCGGAAUUUCUUCGGUUGUCACUGGCUGUAAGAGCCUGGUAGAACUUGACUUGAAGCGCUGCUAUUCUGUCGAUGAUUCUGGCCUAUGGGCUCUUGCUCGAUAUGCUCUAAACCUUAGACAGCUUACCAUAUCAUACUGCCAAGUUACUGGCCUAGGCUUGUGCCACCUGCUUAGCUCCCUGAGGUGCCUCCAGGACGUGAAGAUGGUGCACCUCUCGUGGGUUUCCAUAGAAGGGUUCGAGAUGGCUCUGAGAGCCGCUUGUGGGAGGCUGAAGAAGCUGAAGAUACUCAGCGGUUUGAAGACCGUGCUAUCCCCUGAUCUGCUCCAGCUGCUGCAAGCCUGCGGCUGCCGCAUCAGAUGGGUCAACAAGCCUCUUGUCUACAAGGAUGCCAUCUGAUCUGAGCUGUACAUAUUCUUCACCCAAGUUUGUCAUGGCUGCCUAGCUAUGUUAGAAAAUCCACAAUAACUGCAUGCCUUGUCAAUGCCAUCCCCAACGUGUGGUCAAGAUUAUAUUUGUGUUUGAACACCAUCUCGGCGUUCAGUGAUGGUGAGUAAACAUGGCAUCUGCUGUCAAAUACAGUGUAUGGUAUGUACAGUGAAGCCCUUUUUUUGCGCAGCAGAGUUGUGCAAGUGGAGUUCUCUAUUUGAUAUGAACCUGAAAAGAUGCUGUAAAAGAAGGAACCUGAGGUAGUUGAUUUUGUAUAUUGUACCUCUGUUGUGGACUAGCUUUCACGCGUGAGCAAAAGAAUAAGUUGUCAAAUGUGAAGCAUAAUUUGACUGA